UCUAUUUAAGCGCGCCAACAAAGCCAAGAGGAGAACCGUCUUUCCCCUCAUUCACUGCAAGGAACACAGACUGUCUCACCCCCUUCUGCUGUAACGCCACGCCAACUAACUAACCCACAAAAUGCCAGAAGAAACGUCUACUGCCUCCAGCUCUGGAAGUGUGGAGGAGAAGCCGUGUUCAUCAACAGCUGCUGCAGACAGUUCUGUUGACGUUAUGGAGGAGGCGAAGAAAAUGAUCGGCACAGGGAACAGGCAUCUGGUGAUGGGCGAUGUUGUUUCUGCCGUCAGUGUCUUCCAGGAGGCAUGUGCGAUGCUGGCGGCAAAGUAUGGGGACACUGCAGAUGAGUGUGGGGAGGCCUUCUUCCUGUGUGGGAAGUCCCUGUUGGAGCUUGCCAGGAUGGAGAAUACUGUUCUUGGUAACGCUUUGGAGGGAGUCCCUGAAGAGUCUGAAGAAGAGGAGAAAUCUGACAACCCCAACAUUGAGAGUGCUAAUAACCUUGAUGAGAAAACCAGGGAUGAACUACGAAAGCAGGUGUAUGAAGCAAUGGCUGAGCAGGAAAAGACUGAGAGGGCAGAGCCAAAGGAAGGGGAGAAUGGCACUGAUGUGAAAAAGGAGAAUGGUUUAGCAAAGUCCCCAAUCAAAGAUGAUCAGGGGGAAUGCAAGACUGAUGUGACUGGGUCAGACAAAAGUCCAGGCUCUCAUGUCAAUGGGGAAGAGAAGAAUGCAGUCCAGGAAACGAUUGUGAAUGGAACUGAGAAGACUUUGGGCGUAUCUGUGAAUGGUGUGGAGAAGAGUCCAGCUCCUUCUCCUGUAAAGGAAGGUGUUAAAGAAAACAAGGUUGAUAGCUUUGAGGAACAGAAUGGAGAUGGGACUAAGGAUAAGCCCGAAGAAGCAGAAGAUGAGGAAUCCAAGCCAGAGCCUGAACAGGAUGAGGAGGAAGAAGGCAAUGGCGAUGACGAUGAUGAUGAUGAUGACGAUGACGAUGAUGAAGAUGGUGAGGGAACUGCUGGAGACAAGGAUGAGGAGGAAGUUGGGAACUUGCAGUUGGCAUGGGAGAUGCUGGAAGUAGCUAAAGUAAUCUACAAAAGAAAGGAGAACAAGGAAGAUCAGCUGAUGGCAGCCCAGGCCUACCUGAAACUUGGAGAAGUCAGUGCAGAAUCUGGUAACUAUCCCCAGGCGCUGGAAGACUUCCAGGAGUGCCUUGCCCUGCAGUUGAAGCACCUGCCUCCCCACAGCCGUCUGCUGGCUGAGAGCCACUACCAUGUUGCCACCACCCUAUGCUACAUGGAUCAGUACAGCCAGGCCAUCCAGCACUACAACAGCUCAAUAAAGGUCAUUGAGAACCGCCUAGCUAUGCUGCAGGAGGUGAUAGAUGCAGCAGAGGGAGCAGACGGGGCAGCAGAGGAGAAGAGUGAGAUGGAUGAGCUGAAGCAGCUCCUGCCUGACAUCAGGGAGAAGGUGGAGGAUGCCAAGGAAAGCCAGAGAACAGCCAGCGCUGCCUCCCAGGCUAUCCAGCAGACACUUGGUGGAGCCUCAACCUCUAAAGCAUUCCCUGGUGAAAAUGGAGGCCCUUCAUCAUCAACAUUUGCAACAGCCAGCCAGGUCCCAGUAAGGCCGUCUGAUAGUGGCUCGUCUCCCAAAGCAGUCUCAGACAUUUCCCACCUGGUCAGGAAAAAGAGGAAACCAGAGGAGGAGAGCCCAGUAAAGGACACUGAUGCUAAGCAGGCCAAACAGGAAACCACAGUUAAUGGCAGCAGCAUCUCCAGUGCUAGCAACGGCAAUGGAGUCCAGGAGAAAGAGGCACAGGAGCCUGCCAAACCGUCUGCCUCUGUUGAGUCUUCAGCGUGACGAGUCUGCUCACCUUCUUCCUGAUCUUCAAACCAGCACAGCAUGCCUGAACAGCCCCUCUCCCUCUUCCAACACUUUUGUUUUGUAAAUAAGAUCCAUUUUCACAGAUUUGUCUGUCCAGUUUUUGUAUACUUGUAGUAAAAAAAAUAAUAAAUAAUAAAAAAAAUAAAGGAUAUUCACAGAUG